CAUGUGUUUCUUAACUGGGCUUUGACUUGUUGCUUGUGAAAGAGUUUUUGCCAGUUUUUUGAGGAAGGAUGCAAGCAAGACAAAGUCAACGGUGUGUCCCUCUUGUUAUGAUUCAGGUUGCUCAAAGAUGGCAGCUGAUCCUUAUUUUCAAUUGGAUCUCUCUUUGUGUACCCAUGCCAUUAGUGAAUGACUGUCGGGACUCACUAAUUGAAGAGGAGAAUGCUUCUCGUACAGGUGGCAAUCUUGUGCUUGGAAAAUGGGAAGAGCAUGCCAACGAGAAGCUCAUGCAGCUCAAAGAGAUGGAAGUGGCUAAAUCAGUAGAGACACACGUCUUUCCGCCCAGCAUGCAUUUCUUCAAGGCCAAAGGCCUUAUCGAACAAAGUGCUAUAUUCAGCAUCUUAAAAAAGAUGCCAAAAGGUGCUGCAUUACACCUCCAUGACUAUGCGAUCCUGAGUGUUGAUUGGCUAGUGUACAAUGCCAGCUACCUGCCUAACUGUUACAUCUCUUUCUGCCAUUCCUGGACUGUCCAGUUCAAGUUCUCCAGCCCUCUUCCUCCCAAGGACGUGCCUCCGGGUUGCUCUGACUGGACGUUGCUGCAGUCCUACCGCAAGAAUCUGAACAAUGUGACCCAAUUUGAUAACAGUUUGCUGAAGAACCUGACGCUAGUAGUGGAAGCUCCAGAACUGACUUAUCCUUCUCAGGCUUUCAUUUGGAGAAGAUUCGAAAGUAUCUUCACUGCUGCUUCUGGUCUUAUCAGCUAUGCACCUGUGUUCAAGGCCUAUUUCUAUCAAGGGCUGUUGGAAUUUUAUGAAGAUAAUGUACAAUAUGUUGAGAUAAGGGCACUUUUGCCACCGGUAUAUGAAUUGGAUGGAACCGUCCAUGAUAAGGCGUGGUCUCUAAGAGCAUAUCAUGAUGUGGCUAGGCAGUUUAUGGAGAACCACUCAGAUUUUGUUGGUGCAAAGAUCAUAUAUUCAACACACAGGAAGCAAAAUGUUUCCCAGAUUAAAGAAGCUGUCCAUACAGCCAUGGCACUCAAAGCUGAAUUCCCUGAUACUGUGGCAGGAUUUGAUCUGGUUGGCUGGGAAGAUGGAGGAUAUUCCCUCUGGCAACUGAAGGAUGCCUUGACUUUUCCAGAGACUGUAGGAGAUAAAUUGCCAUAUUUCUUUCAUGCUGGUGAGACUGAUUGGCAGGGGAUGCCUGCAGAUCAAAAUCUGUUGGAUGCUCUUCUGUUGAACACCAGGCGGAUUGGCCAUGGAUUUGCCCUUCCCAAACACCCAGCAGCUAAGAAUUUGGCUUUGAAGAUGGAUAUUCCUAUAGAAGUAUGCCCUGUUUCUAACCAGGUCCUGAUGUUAGUAUCAGAUCUAAGGAACCAUCCUGCUGCAUUUCUGAUGGCAGACGGUCACCCCAUUGUGGUUGCCUCUGAUGAUCCCUCAAUCUUUGGAGCAAAGGGGGUGUCAUAUGAUUUUUAUGAGAUGUUUAUGGGCAUUGGAGGGAUGAAGGCUGAUCUGAGGACUUUGAAACAACUGGCAUUAAAUUCCUUGGAAUACAGUGCUUUGCUACCUGGAGAGAAAGAGAAAGCCCUGCAGAUCUGGCAGAAAAAGUGGGAUCACUUUAUAGCUCAGGUCUCUGGCAUUAUUCCAGAACAAAUGGAAAAAGCGGAACCAGUUCAUAGCUCCUGCAACUAGGAAAAGAAGCAGCCAUUUUCUCUUGCGACAACAUUAAGCUGGAAUUAAGAGGCACAGCAGGAAUCUUAUACCCUGCUACUUUUAUCAGAUGAUUGCUAAAAGCAACAGACAAUUGUCUUAUCCCUUAUCCUUUUCAGUUCCUGAGCAAAGAGGUCUUUUAAUUAUACCACCAGUGAUGAAAAUGACUGAAGUCAAAAGGGGUAGCCCUUAAACGUGGAAUUAGGUGUUCUUGAACCCAGUCAACUGCUCCAGUCCUCUUGAGCCCUUCUUAUAAAGGACAGGUACUUAGCAUAGAUUAGGUCUCAGCCUUACUUACCAUCUGUCUGUGCUUUUGUUUCUUUACAUGUUUUAGCAGUUUGGGGAUGAGAUACAUACUUCCCUUUCAGACUUGAAGAGCACGGGAUUGUUUAUAUUCCACAAUUAACUUCUCAGGUGUAGAACUGGACACUGAGAUAUUAGAUGUUGUUGAACAAUGUCUGUGGAAAUUGUUUGGGCAAAGGAACGUUUUUGUGCAUUUUAUGAAAAGCAGCAAUGUGACUUUUUUCGUUUUUAAAAAAGGGAA